UCCUGGCAACCACACACUGACCACUGCAGUUUCAGAGAAUGCACUUUCUUUCAAAAGUGCAAAAAAAAUAGGCUCUGAAAACUGGGACUGGCAUGUGUCAGAAGGGAAAUCAUGUCUUUUUUUUUAGAUUCAUAAGAAAUUCAUAUUAAUGUGCAAUUCUCAGAUACUCAUUAGCAAACUUUUGACACCAUCUGAAAACAAAACUACACUGGAAGUUGAAAGUUCAUUCAUGACUCUGUGAAAUUGAAACUCUUAACAGAAUGACCAGUGGUGCUUUCGGUUGUAGCACACAGCUUUCCUCAGUGAAUUGAGUUUUCCAGUCAUGGAAGAGUAGAAACCUAAAUUUACAUUAUUGUGAACAUUUUAAAGACUUCAAAAUGACUUUAUUUGCAUGUUAUCUACAGUUCUGUCAGUCUACAACAAGCAGUGACAUUUUCCCUUUAUCAAUAUUGCAAUUCCAUACUUUUAUUUUUAUAGAGUUGUAACAGCUAGGGACAGACAGAACAGGUUAACAGUUAACUCAGACACAAUAAUUGCAGUGACUGGCUCUCACAAUUAACUUAUGUGAAUAGCAUUUACAUGGGUGAAAACUCGUGGUAGAGGGUACAUUCUUUACUAAACUAACAUUAAAAAGUUGCGUUACAAAGGAAACUCUUGCAUUUGAUAAUUUUACAUAGCAUAGAACUAGCUAUUAUAAGCAGAAUAUACUGUAAGUGGACGUCAUUAUGCAGAACAUCCCUUUUAAGAGUGGAGUAAUGUUAGCUAAUUAUUUUAUUUGUCAUUAUUAUAUUAUAUCUCAGGGCACGAUUUCCUUUUGAAAUGUGGCAGAGUGAAAGCAUAAAAUGUGCUACUGGAGAGCAAAUGUUUCCGAAAUGUAGUGUCUUGUGCCUUAUUUUUGGCAUUUUUGCGUUAAUAAAGUAGUCCAAAAAAACUCAUUGGUGACAGACAGAGGAGCAAUCACACCAUCCCACGUUACCAGCUGCUAACCAAAUCUGUUUCCGUGGGUCAGAGAGAUGAUGCAGAGGGAGUCAGAGAUAAUGGACAUCCGAUUAUGUCUGUUUAAAACGUGCUGUGGCAUCAAUCAUGAUCAUACGUGUGUAAAUGAAAUACCACAGCUGCGUCUAAGUGGCCCACACAGGCUUGUUCCCAUAAAACAGAUGAACCCGGGCUUACCCGUCCUUUAAUUUACCGCUACAGCCCCGAUCGUUGCCUGAUUUCAUUCUGAUUCAUCCUCCACCAGUCGGUGAAUUCGUAUGACUGACAUCAAUAGCCAGGUUAGCCAUCAUUAACACGCAAACCUACUGCGCAUGACUAAAACAGCAACGUUUCCCAGCUCUGCUCUGUAACGCUGUGGACAGGUACAGGUUAAAUGUGCUAAAUAUUUGUUAAAAUGUUAUAGUAAUCUCUCAUCUCUCUCUUUUUUCCACACUUUUACGCAUUUAACUUUGAGGAUUGUUCUGCAAGUGUUGGCCACUGAUCGAGGCUAAACAUCCCAUAAUCUACGCACAGUGCGCAGUCAGUGCCAAUGAUUGUAGCUUUGUCAUAUUUUCCACUUGUCAUUUUGUCCUGCCGCUGAAAAGGAGCAGGUGCCAGAAUCCAAGCGCGCAAAAUUUCCUCCGAAUCUGCCUGGAUCUUCUCACCAAUCAGCAACACAAAACAAGAUGAUCUCAAUAUUCACGAUUAAGUCAUCGGUGUGGAGUGAUGGGCUCAUUAUUCCACUUCCCAAUUCAUUAACAAAACACAAAAGCUGCAUUAUCACAGUUACAUCACUCCUUACGUUUUCCCGUAGUUGAUUUCUAUCAAAAUAUAAAACUAAAACUUACUUCUCCCUUUUUUUCAAUCAACCAAUGUGUGCUGAGAUCAACGAGGAAAUUACGCAUGACGUUUUAGUUUUCUUCUUGCUGCACGGUGCGCCUGCAGGUCGAGUAAGGGAAUCCCCCUUGAAAACAUAUAAAUCCAUGAGAUAAGAAGGCAGCAGCACAGAGCUGUGAGUGACAGGCUUGAUCUGAGAUCUCUAACAUCAGAAAUCAGAAACAUGGCAAACUUUCAUUUGUGUAAGUCAGUUAUCAGACGGGCACAUGCGCUGCUAUUUCUACAUAUUGUACUGUGUUCUGUGAUGCAUAUUGGAUAUCAUAGGGCUCGUGAAGUCCUGUAAGACGCAUAUGUUGAUGGUUUGUUUUCAUUCUCUUGCCGCGCAGACUUCGCCAGCUGUGCGCUGCUGCUGAUCUUGCGCACAUCCACGGGACUCCCGGUGCCCAAUCUGAGCCCGGAAAAUCACGCACAAUGUCCAGAGCUCUUCAAGAACCUCCUGUUGAACAUCAAAGAGGUUCUCAAGAGUGAUGAUUUGUGUUCCAGCAUCAUGUCUGAUACUGUGGCCAUAAACAGUAAAGCAGAGACUGUGCUGGCCUGCGCACCCACUCUGGAACAGACCUCCGGCUGCACUGGGCAAAGAAGUUCAUCCUUCAGCGAGAAUGAAUGUCGGAGCAACAUCACCAAGGACUUGGCCCACUAUGAUGCUCUGAUUCAGUCGUACCUCAAUUCUUCACUCAAGAGUCCCGAGAAAGAAGCUAAACUUCUGAACCCAACUCUGGGGAUAGUAAAGAGCCUGAGAGAGAACUGCUCCCUGAAGGCGGAUGAAGAUGACGACUCUACAGAGGAGGAUGUUGCCCAGACGUGGGACGCUGGUUCCUUCAAUAACCGGCAAGAGAUGUGCAAGAUGAUGAGGGGCUUCUAUGUCCGAACCAUCACCAUCAACCGAGCCAUGGGCUACAUCUCUGCAGGGGACUACAAGAAGUAAAGAUCCUGCAUUGCCAAC